AUGACCAGCAAUAACAGCACCAAUGGUACGCAUAGUGCUAACAACAGUGCUCCUGUGAAGGAUGUCUCCAUGGUAGACUUAAACAACAUCGACGAAAACACUAAAAAUAUUACUCAAAGUUUAUCGCAAAUGAACAUCGAUAAUCCAAAUGAAUUAGAACCUCAACCAAUCAUGAGAAAUAAAUCUACCUUAAUUUUCGAUGAUGAUGAUGAGAUUCCACCUUAUUCAAAUCACGAAGAACAUGCUUCCGAUAUCAUCUCUGAUUCUGGAGACGAAGCUACACAUAAUACCAAUGUUAAUUAUAAUACAAGUAAUGGUCAAGAGCAAUCACAAGUAGAUGCUGCCUCACAAGAAAAAAUGCAUCAACCGCAACAAAGAGCACCACAACAAGCUCAACAACAACAAACUUCUAAUAUUAUGGUUCCUGUUGAUAUCACAUGGCAACAAGGUGGUGAGAAAGUUUACGUUACAGGUUCUUUUACGGGUUGGAGAAAAAUGAUUGGUUUAGUGCCUGUACCAGGUCAACCAGGCGUUUUACACGUCAAAUUACAAUUACCUCCGGGUACCCAUAAAUUUAGAUUUAUUGUUGACAAUGAAUUAAGAUUCAGUGAUUUCUUACCAACAGCUACUGAUCAAAUGGGUAAUUUCGUUAACUAUUUAGAGGCUGUCCCUAGAACACAUCCAGAUGCUUCCCUUCAACAAACUCACGUCGCAAAUGAUCAAGAUGGAAAGUUGAGACAAGAUCAACAACAGCAGCAACUUUCUCAACAACAAGCACAGAAACCAGCUCAGCCACAAGGUGUUACUGAAUCAAAUAAAAGUAAGAAAUAUCCAAGAAGUGCACGUUCACAAAUUGCUUUCGAAAUCGAACAAGAACCUGACGAUUUAGGUGAUGGGUUCACACGUUUCCGUGAGGAACAGCCAUUAAAAGCCGUCUUAGAGUACACGCAAGAUAUUCCAGCUGUUUUCACAGAUCCUACUGUAAUGGAACAAUACUAUCUAACGUUGGAUCAACAACAGAAUAAUCAUCAAAAUUUAGCGUGGUUGACACCACCUCAAUUGCCACCUCAUUUAGAAAAUGUUAUAUUGAACAAUUAUUCAAGCUCUUCCAGCGAUAAUAGCCAAAAUACUUCCGGUUCAUUACCAAUUCCAAACCAUGUAGUUUUACAUCAUUUGGCUACCAGCAGCAUCAAGCACAACACUUUAUGUGUUGCCUCCAUAGUGAGAUAUAAGAGAAAAUAUGUCACACAAAUACUGUAUGCUCCAUUACAAUAA